GCCGCGUCAAUGUCUGCGCCGACGUCGACACCACGACCCUACACAACAUGGCAAGGCUGGCGCUGGAGAUGUGCCCAUCACGCGAGCUGCCGACUAGGCGCGCACACAUCUACACGGACGGCAGCUACAACGGCAUCCCACAUACAGCCGCCUGGGCAGUAGUUAUUGCCGACGAGUACGACGACGGGCGCAACUCACGAGGCCCGUUUGGCUUUCGGGGUUUCAUUGCUGACAAGGUCACCGAGUCCCUAGACGACAUGGCAAACAACGAGAAGGUGACGGCAUACACAGCUGAGCUCACGGCAGUACUUCGGGCACUAAUGUGGGCCCUUGGUCAAGACACCGCCGCGCCCAUCGAGGUCACGCCCGACGCCCUCAAUGUUAUCAACCUGGCCAAAGAUGCGGUCAAGGUCGCAUACCCUCCCAUGCGGAAGCAAGACUUCAUCAUCGGGGCCACUCAGCCGCAGGCAGCCCCAUGUGCGAUCCAGAGGCCCAUCAGCACCACCACCAUCAAGGCCGACCUCAACGUGAAUUUGUGCACCUACAACUGCAGAUCACUCAAGGACGCCGCCAGCUUCAAGUCGGGCAAAGGCAAGGCGGCCGGUAAAAACAAGCAGAGCAUCUCCAAGGUUACGCACCUAGCAGCACAGUUUGCUGACAUGGGCCUGCACGUCGUGGCCCUCCAGGAGACGCAGAGCGAAGGAGACGUCCGCAACGUAGGAGAAUAUGCUUGCUACUCCUCAGGCCACACGCAGCAGAACAGAGGAUGCGACAUUUGGCUCAACGUCUCCCAGCCGAUCAGCGUGAGUGGGGCAGCGAAGUACCUAAGUGCCAAAGACACCCUCGUCCUCCACCAGCACGACAGGCUCUUGAUCAUCAAGACCCGCGUUGCAGGCACAGACAUGGUCAUCGCCUCAGCAUAUGCACCCCACGAAGACUCCCAGGCGGCUGAGAAGAGAGAAUUCUGGGAGUCUGCUCAGCGAUUGUCUGCCAAGUACCGCGUGGACAUCUUCAUGGGGGACCUGAACGGGCGUCUCGGCGACUAUGAGUCCCCAGGAGUUGGCACCAGUGGGUGCCCAGAAGCGACCAACGGCAAUGGCAAGCACAUCAUCAGCUUCGCAGCCGACACCGACUUGGAGGUCAUCAACACCACGAAGGAUCCAGGCAACAACUCGUUUACGCAUAUCGGAUCGAAGGGGCAGCGCCACAGGAUAGACUACAUCCUGCUGAGCUCCUCGCUCGCCCCGUACGUUGCGAGCUGCAGCACGGAGCCAGGUCUUGACCGAGGCACAGCUGCACAAUACCACAUACCAGUACUCGCCACCCUCAAGUGGGCCGUCUGCAAGACCACCAAGGCCUCAGGACCGCGGCCCGACCUGACCAACUUAAACAACGAUGUCGCCAAGGCCAGCUUUAAGGAGAUUCUCAAGCAGGCCCCGAUCAUCCCCUGGGAGGUGGACGUCAACACCCACUGCGAGGAGGUCACCAGAGUCGUCAACAACGCGGCCAUCCAGGCCUUUGGCAAGGCCGUCAAGGCAGCGAGGAAGCCCUACGUCACCAAGACUACCAUGGGCCUAAUCCGAGCCAGACGCCUCACACUUCGAGUCCAUCGCGCAGUGCUCAGAGGAGAAGCCCAUGACGACCGACCUGGACGACUAGUAGCCCACGCCCACUCUCUUCUUGGAGGCGAGGUCGGGGCCUCACUGGCCCUGUGGAGCAGAGAGCGUGGCGACGACGAUGGCACCAUCCACGACAUCCACGACUACGCGCACCUCCUCCUGAACUGGACGAUCUCGCCCAUGGUCUACGCCAUGGCCAUCCUUUCCUUCCUCACCAGGUCUGGGCUCCUCGUUGCCUCGGCCGUCGAGAAGGACCGUAGUGCCUUCCUCAGCCGGCUUGCCUCAAUUGCGUCCUCCGCCUCCGCUGCGAACGACGCUGCGGCCCAGUGGAAGGCCUACCGCGACCUACUAAGGUAUGGCGGGAGGAAGGCGAAGUUCCCAGCAGGAAAGCCGAUGCGGCUCGACAAGGAUGGAGAGGUGAUCCACAACUCCCAGGACAUGGCGGACCAGGAGCUCAACCAUUUCGCGAAGAUACAGGCGGGCAAGAUCGUGACAGCGGAUGAUCUUGCCAACAAGUAUAAUCAUGACAGCAAGACCAGGCCUUUCGACGGCAUGCUGGAUCUCUCCAUGGUGAUGCCCCUGGCCGUCUGCCAGGCCCAGUUCGCUGCGGCCAAGGCUGGGACGCAAGGAGGCCCUGACGGGCUCACGAACGCCGUCCUCAGGGCGGCUCCUACAGAGGCAGCAAGGCUACUGCACCCCCUCUUCACCAAGGUGGCGACCACCGUACGGGAGCCGCUGAGCUUCAAGGGCGGGGACCUGGUCGCAAUCCCCAAAGGAAAAGGCGACCCGCGAUACCUCCUAGCGUACCGCGAGAUCCUCUUAAACAACGUCCUGGGCAAGCACCACCAUAAAUACCUGAGGGCUAUGCUCAACACUACCCUCGCCAUAGCGCUGGAGGACAUCCAGGUUGGCGGCCGGCCCAAGCGAGGGGCUGACAUGGCGGUCCUAGCAGCGCGCCUCUUCACAGAGAGAAGCCUGGCCCAAGGGAAGUGCUCCAUGAUCAGCUGCUACGACUUAAAGGAGGCCUUCUACUCGGUUGUAGUCCAGCUGGUCCAUGGCAUCCCAGGCGAGGAGGACGAGGUCAAGGAGGUGCUAGAAAACCUCGAAGUUCCCCUUUGGGCCCAGCCACAAUUGGAGCACCUCAUGGCCAACCCAGGGAUACUCGACACAGUGUUGGACGGCUCCCACCUGGCUGCCCUCAUUGCAGAAGGGUACCGCAACAGGUGGACAUCGCACAGGUUCUCCCAGAACCUCAUGGCGCCGCACAAGGGCACGAGGCCUGGCGUGCCCCUAGCCGACGCGGACUUCAAUCUGCUCUUCGGCCGAGUCCACCGCAUGAUUGACAGCUACCUUGCGCAGCGAGGGCUAAGACAGGUGACGCAGCUGCCAGGCUGCUAUCCUGGGCGGCAGCGCAUCGGGCCAGAGGGCGAGUUGCAUGCCAUUG